AUGACGGCCGACCGCGUCGCAUACGACGUUCUUCAGACAGCCAUGGCUCGUCAACGCGUCACAGUCUACGAUCUCUACGGCCUGUUGGGCGUCUCUCCCAACGCAGACGAGGAAGGCCUGCGCGCCGCCUACGACUCAAUCACCAAGAAGCUUCAGCAGGUCCCCAGCGAUGCGGUAAGCGUACGCACCUCGCGAUCGACCUUCCAACAGCGCAAUGAGACUUUACUUACCACGCCACUCCAGGUGAACGCCGCCUAUUCAAUCCUGGCCAACCCUUUCAAGCGAGCCCAGUAUGACCGUGACCGCCUCGAGUACCUUUAUAGACACUUCAGCACCCACGAUGCAUUCCCUCCCACAGCCAGCAUCCCGUCCAGCGGCAUCAAAUCUCGGGAUGACCAGAUCCAGGUUUACGCCAGCACCCUCGUUGACCGUGUCAAGGACCCUAUCGAGGACAAGAAGAAGGCCGUCAAUCGCCGCCUCGAGACCAUCCGCAACGAGCUCGAUGAAUUCAAUGAAAUCUCGGGCAAACAGCGCCAGGAUUGGGCCACCAGCAACAACCGGGUGCUACGCAUGGCAGGCAACGCGCUUUGUGAGGUCGUUGUGUGCGCUGAGGAGGACCUGCGCAUGUUAGAGGAUGAGCUUGGCAGAAUCGACGGAACGCUCGCGCCCAAGGAUCUCGAUGGCCCAGCCGGACGCGUCACCAGCGUUGGAUACUACGGCAGCGAGAUCAUGGCCAUGCCCACUGGCACGACGAGCACCAUAGCUCCAGAGAUGCAGCCACGCGUGCUGAUGGGCAAGCACGUCCCCAGCCUUCCGCACAGCCCUACCGUUCGCUUCUUGCCGCAGUCUGCCAGCAAGCUGGGCAUCGAUGGACCCACCAAGGACACCCCAUCCAGCGAUGGCAGCCAGGAUGCCGACGGAAAACACCGCGUCAAUGACUUCCUUCUCGGCCCAGCCCAUGCCCGUAUGCAGCCCAGCAACGGUGCCGAAGCCAACAAGCCCUCAAACAAAGCCCUGCAUGUGGCCCAGAUGUUACGCCGCCGCGAGUCUACCCUACUGGAGAAGUUGAGGCACGCCACCGCGACGGAGCACUUCGACGCAAACAUGUCCUCCGUGGGCACUGGCAUGGGCCUAGUCGACUGGCAGCGCCUCAAUCGACCCAGCUUCCCAGACGAGGUCACCAAGUCCAAGGAUACCUCGACCGACCUGACCGCCUGGAACAAGGCCUACGACCCCAAGCACACCCAGUCGGCCGACGAGCUGCCUACGCGCCCCACCCCGCACCGCGACGCACCCACGCCGCCCUCUGGCGCCGGGCGCAACUCGUGGGACCCCGCCUUCUCACGCGGCCGCGGCGUCGCGGCCGACGGCAACUUCGGCUUCCACGUCGCGCAGCCUGCGGCGCGCGGCCACAGUCUGACUGCGUCCAACACGGUGCUGUUCAAGGAGGUGCAGGACCGCGCUGCUGCGCUGGCUCGGGCGCCCGGCCGGUGGGUUGUUGGUGGCCCGGGCCUGACGAACUACGAUGCUGGUAGGGUCUCUUCUGGUGAGAAGAAGGAGAAUCGUCCAGAAGAUCCGUUUGCUUGA